AUCAGAAAACAAGUCACUCUGGUUGAACACUCUACAACUGCAAGUUUACUAACUGAUUUUUCGAAGUAAAAAAAUAAUUUGAAAUGAAAGUUUUCAUUGUUGCCUUUGUAGUGCUCGGGGUUGUCUUUGCAGUCAAUGCUGAUUUGACCGAGGAACAAAAGCAGAAGAUCGUGGCCAAUGGAAAAGCAUGCGUAGCUGAUACUGGAGCAGAUCCGGAACUGAUCAAAGCAGCUCGUCAAGGAAAAUUCGCUGACGAUGCCAAGUUGAAGGAUUUUGCGUUAUGCAUGUCGAAGAAAAUCGGCUUCCAAAAUGAAGCUGGCGAAAUCCAAAGCGAUGUGGUGCAGCAGAAGUUGGGAUCUGCCAUUGGGGAUAACGAGGCUGCCAAAAAACUGGUUGAAAAAUGCUUAGUUUCCAAAGGAAGCGGCGAAGAGACCGCCAUCCAGUCCUUCAAGUGCUACUAUGAAAACACCCCAACUCAUAUCGCAGUAUUCUAAGCUGAUGCAGUUUCUAUUUCUAUUACACCCGGCAUGAUUUGACGAAGUAAAAAAUGCGGGUUUAUUGUAAACUGUUCGAUUCUUCUUCAGUAUGUAACUACUUUUAAACAAAACAUCCUUUCACUAUUAAAUCUGUUGCCCCAAAUAAAACGUCGAUUGGUUUA